ACUACCCAGUCACAUGAGUCAACGGCCGGUCAGUUCCUCCAGCGUCAUGCCUCUCCUCCGCCCCGCGCCUCCGGCUCACACCGCCGCCCGGGCCCUCCCCUACCGCCAGCUCUUCACUCCCCACAACCGACUAAACCCUAAACCCUCCUCCUCGCCGCCCCUCACCUGCCUCCGCCUCCGCCCCCGCCCCGCUCCUCCGCUCCGCGGCAUUCCGUCGAGGAGCGGGUGCCGCGCGGCCCCCGCCGAUGCGACACCCUCCCAGUCUCUGGGCGGCGCCGUCGGAGGCGGCGUGCGCGGGGCCCUGGUGCGCGUGGGGGAGGCUCUGUCUCUGGGGUUCCCGGUGUGGGUGGCGUCGGCCUGCGCGCUUGCGCUGUGGCGGCCGCCGGCCUUCCUCUGGGUCGGCCCCCCCGCACAGAUGCUCGGCAUCUCCUUCACCAUGCUCGGAAUGGGAAUGACAUUGACGUUGGAUGACCUGAAAACUGCAUUAUUGAUGCCUAAGGAGUUAGCUGCUGGGUUUAUACUUCAAUACACGGUGAUGCCACUGUCAGGAUUUUUUGUGAGCAGGCUGUUGAAAUUGCCACCCCAUUAUGCUGCUGGAUUGAUUUUAGUGUCAUGCUGCCCUGGAGGCACAGCAAGCAACAUUGUGACCUAUUUAGCAAGGGCAAAUGUUGCUCUUUCAGUGCUGAUGACAGCAGCAAGCACUUUUGCUGCAGCGUUCAUGACUCCUCUCCUGACAUCCAAACUUGCUGGACAAUAUGUUGCAGUAGAUCCAACGGGAUUGUUUAUGUCCACAUCUCAGGUUGUCCUGGCACCUGUCCUUCUGGGUGCUCUACUUAAUCAGUAUUGCAAUGGUUUGGUUCAAUUAGUUUCCCCCUUGAUGCCAUUCAUUGCUGUAGCAACAGUAGCUAUUCUCUGUGGCAAUGCUAUCGCACAGAAUGCUUCAGCUAUCCUAGCAUCUGGGGUACAAGUGGUUUUAUCUGUUUGUUGCUUGCAUGCAUCUGGCUUUUUCUUUGGCUAUGUUCUUUCCAGAUUACUGGGCAUUGAUACCUCUUCGUCACGAACAGUCUCUAUCGAGGUUGGCAUGCAGAACUCAGUACUGGGUGUAGUCCUUGCAAGCAAGCAUUUUGGUAAUCCUCUCACUGCAGUUCCAUGUGCUGUUUCAAGCAUCUGCCACUCGGUCUACGGUAGCAUUUUAGCUGGGAUCUGGAGGUCUAUGCCUCCAACGGACAAGGGAGAAUAGUGUGUUGGCCAUGUCAGUAACCUGAAUUUUCUGUUCUCCCGGCGAUGAGGGAUUUACCUCCAUUAGACCAAACGUUGAGAUGGCUGGUGGUUACGCCAUCAGGAGCAGCACGUUGUCUAUGAUCUGCUGCAGUAAACACAUCGCAGUGACAUGAUCUAUAAAACACCAAGCUUGGAUUAGACUGGUUUUAGUUGUCUUUUGGGAGGUGCCUUGAAUCUGAUCAGCUGUUUAGUUUUUCAUAGGUGCAGAUGAAUAAGUAUGGUUUCCAUUGGACUCAGAUAGUUUAGUUCGUGGAAACAUGAUUUCUGUGGAGGUCCACCAUGGUAGCAUGCUUAUUGCACCUUACCCUGCUA